CUCUCUCUUGGAGUAGUUUUUUACAUGGUUUUGGGUUUUCUUGCACCCCCGCUCUCUCUCUAACUUUCUCUCUCUAGAACUACAUCUUUUCUCUGUGUUUUUGUGUGAUUGAAAGCAUCAGAAUCUGGCCUGAGAAAACUCAAAUAAUAAUAUCUCCUUAUCCGAAAAAAUACCGAUGAGGAUCCGGAAACGACAGGUGCCCUUCCCUCUGUCGUCUCUUUCUCCGGUGCCUUUAUCAGAUCCCCUCCUCCACGACCUCAACUACUCACCACCACCCGUGGUGCAACUCAACCACCGCAAUGAUCCUCCAAAUCCCUCCAACCCAGUACAGAAUACUGCCCAUGUGGGCCAUCCCCAUUCUCAGCCGUCCGAUCAACGCGUCUCGCCGAUCGGACGAGCAGGCAAAGGUUGGGGUUUUGUUGAUGCUGCUGGAGAUAAUAAGCACAAGGAGAACAAGCAAGAUUGUGGUUUGGAGCCAUUGAUAUUGAAAGGGGAAGAAGAUGAGAGAGAAUCAAGAGAGGGAGGAGAUCAGAAGGGAAAUGAGGAUGAUGAAAUCAGGGAGGAAAGCAUAUUGGUUGCAGAAACAUUAAUCGGGUUUGCUUCGGGGUCGUCUAGUUCUUCUCACCCAGCUGCUGGGAGUUGUUUUCAAGGAGAGAGAGCGUUUCCAUUGAAGAAGCGAAGAGGGAGCUUCGAGAGAGGAGCGAAUAAUAUCAGACAGACGAUAAUGGAUGAUCAGAAAGACAAGAAAUCAAUGAAAACGAAGACGAACAAGAAAAAUGUACCUCGACAGCAACAAGGUGAAGAUGAUCGUCAGAAGCAAGACGAUCAUGUCAGUGAUGAUAAUAGAGUCAAUAGUGGUGUUAGUGCAACAAGAAAGAGGGCAAGAGGAGGUGCACUCAUGGAGGGGUCGCGGUGCAGUCGCGUUAAUGGAAGAGGAUGGAGGUGUUUCCAACAAACACUUGUUGGGUACUCUCUUUGCGAGCAUCACUUGGGCAAGGGUAGGUUGAGGAGCAUGAAUAGUGUUAGAAGCCGGUCGACGGCAGUGGCAACUAGUACUACUACCACUUCUACUAUUACUAGAGCUGCUUCCACUGAGACUGAGUUUAAGCAAUUAUCAGUAUCUAGAAUAUUAUCCUUGGAGUCACCGCCGCUGAAAGAAGACACCAAAGCUGUUCUGCUGCUGGAUGAUCGUGAUAUCGGUGAAGGUAAAGGAAAUGAAGGUGAAGAGGAAGAGAAGAAGCCAUUGCUGGUUACAAAGAAGCGGAUGAAGGUUGGGAUUGUUAAAGCCCGAUCCAUGAGCAGCUUGCUAGGUCAAACAAAUAGUAGUGCAAUUUCAGUAGUGGCUGAUGAGGAUGAGGAUAAUAACAAGUAGGUCAAAAGGAUAUGUGGGCAAAUGAAUGGGGGAUUUUAUUCGUUGUAACUCAGAGAGAGAGAGAGAGAGAGAGAGAGAGAGAGAGAGAGAGAGUAUUUGAGGUUAAUUAAUUUAGAAGUGUGAACUUGGUGCAACUAGCUUCAACUUGCAAUAUGUGAGAGAUUCUUAUCUAUAUAAACAGAUGCUGGAUAAAGUGUUGGAUUUAUCAUUGU